CCAAAAACCGGUAUUUAGGGGGUUGGGUUCCUCACAACACUUUUUUCUUAACACCGCCUCUCAAUCUCUUGGGUUAAGGAAUUUUUCAGUUCUGACCCCCUUCUCUUCAUCUCUACUACCCUUUUCUUCCAACUCUCCUUGGUUCUACUCCAGCCUUCUUCCCUUCAACACAAAUAGAAUUUGGAUUAGCCUUAGGCCUCAGCUCAGAAAAAAAAAAAAAAAGUAGGGCUGCUUGAUUAGAAUUCAUUUGAAAUUUAGAGUUUCUUUACAAAUCCUGGUCUCAGGAAAUUGGGUUUCUCUAAGAAAUAGAAUUAGUGCUUGUGGUUCAAAACCAAUAUCAGUUCUAGGGAAAAAUCUCUGUGGCUUCUGAGAAAAAAAGAUUGUAAGCAGGAAUGGAAAAUGUCUCUGGGCUUAAUAUGGAAGAAGAGCAGAUUGAUUUGCCUCCUGGUUUCCGAUUCCACCCCACCGAUGAAGAGCUUAUAACUCACUACCUGUCCAAGAAGGUGGUUGACAGCAGCUUCUAUCCUAUAGCAAUUGGGGAGGUGGACUUGAAUAAGUGUGAACCUUGGGAUAUGCCAUGGAGGGCAAAAAUGGGAGAGAAGGAGUGGUACUUCUUCUGUGUUAAAGACAGAAAAUACCCAACUGGUUUGAGGACCAACAGAGCUACUGAAGCUGGUUACUGGAAAGCUACAGGAAAGGAUAAGGAGAUUUAUAGAGGGAAAACUCUUGUCGGAAUGAAGAAAACUCUGGUUUUCUACAGAGGAAGAGCUCCAAAAGGAGAAAAAACCAACUGGGUCAUGCACGAAUAUAGGCUAGAGGGAAAAUUCUCUCUGUCUAACCUACCAAAAUCAGCCAAGAACGAGUGGGUGAUAUGCAGGGUGUUCAACAAGAGCUCAGGUGAGAAGAAAAUUCAAGUUCCAGGGGUAGUGAGACUGAGUUCCUUGGACGAAGAAUUGGCUCCAUCUGCUUUACCCCCAUUGAUGGAUUCUUCUCCGUAUAACAGCAUGACCAGAUCGUCAGUGGCUGAGACAGCUCACGUGACCUGCUUCUCCAACCAAAUGGAGGUUCAGAGAAACCCGGAAGAGAUGGUCAACAACUGCUACACUUCUCUUUUCGCUUCUCCUGCAAACCCUUCUGAUAUAUCCCCCACUUCGUCGCUUUUCUCAAAAUUCUCUCUUCCGAACUCAUUCUACUCCACGCAAGCUUCUCCAAAUCUCGGCAAUUUCCAAUGCCCAGGUUCGGUUUUGAUGCAAGACCAGGCCAUCUUGAGGGCUUUACUUGAAAACCAUGAACCCAAUAUCAAACAGAGUUGCAAAACAGAGAGGGAGAUGGUUAGUAUCUCUCAGGAGACCGGCCUGACCACUGAACUGAACACGGAGAUCUCUUCGGUUGUUUCCAACCAUGAGGAUCCUUCCACUUCAGCUGGACCUGUGGACCUUGACUGUCUAUGGAACUAUUGAAGAAGAAGAAGAAGAAGAAGAAGAAGAUAAAUUUUCUGAAUAAAAAAUAACAUGAAAAAAUUAAUGAGUUGCUAAUGUGUCAUACUCUUAAUCUGUUUUUUUAUUUUUCUUUAUUUUUCAUUUUUUUGGGGAUUUUCAUUAAUUGUAAAACAGCUUGUAUUCAAAUUAUGACAAAAAUUAAUUUGAUGGUUAGUUGGUCAUAAUGCGAGCUUAUGCUUACAAUUACAUUUA